GAGGCGUCAGGGAUGCGAUGGCGGAGUCGCUGCCCCUGGAGAUGCUCACAUAUAUUCUGAGCUUCCUGCCCCUGUCAGAUCAGAAAGAAGCCUCCCUUGUGAGUCGGGCUUGGUACUGUGCAGCCCAGAAUGCCCUUCGUGAGACAAAUGUGCGGUACAACAUCCCUGUGUCUUCUGCCUCCCUUCCGGCCAUCAAGAGCCUGGGCCUCAGGGGCAUCUCCUGUAUCAGCCUGACCGACCUGGAUGGCUCACCCACUUCACAGCAGGUGUUGCAAUCUGUGGCCCACCACAUGGGGCCACACCUGCAGAGCUUGUGCCUGGGUGGGGGAAGUCCUACAGAGGCCUCUUUUGUGGCCCUGGUCCUGGGCUGCCCAGUCCUACGUAUCCUUGACCUCAGUGGCUGCAAUAGCCUCUUCACAUCAGGCAAGCUGCUGUCUCAGCCCGAGAUGGCACAGAGCGUCCGAAGGGCACUGAGUGGCCUCCGUGAGCUCAACUUGGCUGGCCUGCGUGACCUAGCUGACCUUAGCUUCAACCAGCUCAGUAGCUGUACCCCCAGUCUGGAGCGCCUCUCCUUGGCCUACUGCCACCUCACCUUCGAGCUGGGCCCAGCCCAGGGCUCUAUUGGCCCCCAAGACUCCUCCCCAUCCCAAUUCUCCUUUCGCAAUCUACUACGAUUUGUGAAGGAGAGGGCUGGCAGGCUACAUGCCCUGGACUUGAGUGGCACUGGCUUGCCACCUGAGGCCCUGCAGGCCCUGGGCCAAGUGACUGGGCUACAGCUGCAGGAACUGAGCCUGCACAGCUGCCGGGAGCUCUCCACGGAGGCUGUGGCCACCCUGUGCCGCCAGCAACCAGGCCUUACCUCCCUGGACCUCAGCGGCUGUUCAGAACUGACAGAUGGGGCACUCUUGGCUGUGAGCCGGGGCCUGCGGCACCUGCGGUGCUUGAGCCUGGGAAAGCUGCGGCGACUGACAGAUGCGGGAUGUGCAGCCCUCGGGGGCCUGCAUGAGUUGCAGAACCUCAACAUGGCUGAGUGCUGCCUGGUGAGCGGGAAGGAACUGGCCCAGGCCCUGGGCUCAAUGCACAGAGCCCCAUCCCGCCUGGUGUCCCUCAGCCUGGCCUUCUGCUCUUCACUGAAGGAUGCUUCAGUGCGCUCCGUGAUCCCUGCACUGGGCCCAAGCCUCAGAGUGCUAGACCUGUCAUCCUGUGUGACCCUCACCAACCGGACCGUGCAGGCCAUCUGUACCUACCUCACCCAUCUUUCAGUUCUGCGCCUGGCUUGGUGCAAGGAGCUCCGCGACUGGGGCCUUCUGGGGCUGGGGGAACCACGUGAGGAACCUGCACAGAGGCCCCAGGUGUGGGACCCUCACAGUCAUGGGGUUGGUGGUGGCCCAUGGGCCCAGCUACUCUCCGGCCUCUCCCAAAACUCUCUAGGAGCAUUUAAGGGCAAACUCAGGAAGAACCUGAGAAGCAGGGACUUCUUUCCACAGCCACAACCUGAGCUGGAACAUCAGCUGCCAGACCUGAAACACCCCUCUCCUGAGCCACAGGGCCCCUCCCUGCUCAUGCUGCAGGCCCUGCAGGAGUUGGACCUCACAGCCUGCAGCAAGCUGACUGAUGCCAGUUUGGCCAAGGUGCUCCAGUUCCCUCAGUUAAGGCAAUUGUCACUGAGCCUGUUGCCAGCACUCACAGACAUGGGCUUGGUGGCCGUGGCCAGGGGCUGUCCUAGCCUGGAGCGCUUAGCGCUGAGUCACUGCACCUGCCUCAGUGAUGAGGGCUGGGCCCAGGCAGCCAGCUCUUGGCCAAGGCUGCAACACCUCAACCUGUCCAGCUGCAGUCAGCUCACAGAACAAACGCUGGACACCAUUGGGCAGGUGUGCAAACAGCUCCGUGUGUUGGAUGUAGCCAUGUGUUCUGGCAUUAACAUGGCUGCUGUCAGGCGCUUCCAAGCCCAGCUGCCCCAGGUGACCUGCAUCCAGUCCCGCUUCGUGGGAGGAGCUGACCUGACACUAACACUCUGAGGCCAGCUACACAUUGCUGCCACAAGCUCAUGCUUUCCUGGCCAGGCGCACAGCAGGCUGGGCCUGGUGCUGAGGAGAAGCAGACCUGUGCCUCUUGCCUGCGUACCUCUCAGACUAUAGGCCUGUGCGCUGCCUGUCCCCCGUGGGAGCCAUCCUAACCCCCUAUGAGCACUGGGCUUUAGCGGCUGAGCCCAGGUCUUUGCUGUAAACCCAAAUAAGAUUAAACAUUCCAGAUAGUG